GCUCUUUACGUAUCUCCAUUUUUAUCGCGACUCUAACGACCCGCGACCACCAUUCUGCCGUCAACACUAUCUCUCUGAAACAUAUAUUUCGCAGGGUCUUCCUAUCGCUCUGGCUUUGUCGACCCAGAUACCUCGCUCUCAUUUCAUGCACACAUGGAUCCAGAUGGUCCUAAAUCCGGAGAGCCCAUUGCUUCAACCUCUGGAAGGUUGACACCACAUUCACCUACUCCUGGACGAGCACUCUCAGGCCAUGCCUCGGAGGCAUCUUCUUUGAGGCACAUGUACACGCAGGGUACUUCUGGGUUAAGAACUCCACGAACACCUGGAACUCUGGACGAGCAGGCAGCAUUACUGGGACGGUUGGAUGACAUUGAUCUGUACGGAUCUAUAGCACAACGGGGUGGGAUAGAACCACCUCCACGACCUCCAUUAGUUCGCAAAAACUCUAAUUGGGCGAAGGUUAAAUACUAUGUGCCUUCAACUGCGUGGAUACCUGAAUACUCCUGGUCAUUGCAUGCAGACUCGGCGGAGACCUUCUGGCCGGUUUGACAGUAGCUUCUAUGCUGAUACCUCAGUCAGUUUCGUAUGCAUCGUCACUUGCUAAACUCAGUCCCGUUACUGGUCUGUUCUCUGCAUCUAUACCUGGAAUUGUCUAUGCACUCCUUGGUACCUCUCGACAACUGAAUGUUGCUCCGGAAGCAGCUCUAUCUCUGCUCGUGGGCCAAGCCGUCGACGAAAUUUUGCAUGCUGAUCCACAUAGCAUUCCCGCUAACCCUAAUGCCGUUUCACUGGCGGUAGCAACAGUCAUAACAUUUCAGGUCGGCUUGAUCACCUUCCUACUGGGCAUUUUUAGACUUGGAUUUCUAGACGUCGUGCUUAGUCGCGCGCUGCUACGUGGUUUCGUUACUGCAGUGGCUAUCGUCAUCAUGGUUGAGCAACUAAUACCUAUGUUCGGCCUCACCGAACUUGAACAUACCCUAAACCCACAAUCCACCCUAGACAAAUUCAUAUUCAUUGUCGAUAAUUUAUUCUCACAUACCCACAGAAUAACCGCUAUCAUCAGUUUCAGCGCCUUGUUCGCUUUAGUAUUGUUACGAUCCUUCAAGGGUGCAUUCAAGCGCUAUUGGUGGAUCUAUCGCGUACCGGAGGUCCUGGUCGUUGUUAUCAUCUCUACUAUGCUUUCUGCCGAGUUCCGAUGGGACGAGGACGGUGUCGAUGUCCUCGGUUCCGUACCUAUCAACACAGAUGGUCAUUUCGUUAAUUUCCCUCUACGGAGGACGACUCUGCGCUUCCUCCGACGCACUACUUCCACUGCAGUGUUAAUUUCUGUCGUGGGUUUCCUUGACAGUAUAGUUGCAGCGAAGCAGAAUGCGACACGUUUCGGCUACAGUAUCUCUCCGAACAGGGAGUUGGUCGCAUUGGGUGCGGGUAACAUCGUCGCCUCCUUUGUACCUGGCACCCUUCCCGCGUAUGGAUCUAUCACUAGGUCUAAAGUGAACGGGGAUGUUGGGGGCCGUACACAAAUGGCGUCGUUGAUCUGCUCUGCUCUCGUCCUUCUCGCCAUAUUUUUCCUCUUACCGUGGCUUUAUUUCCUUCCGAAGUGUGUCCUUGGAUCGAUUAUUUGUCUUGUCGUUUUCAGUUUACUUGCGGAAGCUCCUCAUGAUGUCAAGUUCUACUGGCGAAUGCGAGCAUGGAUUGAUCUCCUGCUCAUGUCGUUGACCUUCUUCUUCACUCUCUUUUGGGAUGUUGAGGUUGGUAUCAUGGUUAGCUUGGUCAUCUCCCUCUUGCUCGUCGUUCACCGGUCGUCGAGGACUCGCAUGACUAUUCUGGGAAGGAUUCCUGGAACCGACAAAUGGAGAUCGAUCAGUGAGGAUGCGGAAGCUGGAGAAGAGGUUCCUGGCGUUCUCAUCGUUAGGAUACGGGAGAACUUGGACUUCGCGAAUACUGCGCAGCUCAAAGAGCGUCUCCGUCGGCUUGAACUGUAUGGACACGACAAGCAUCACCCUUCAGAAGAACCUCACAGACAAUACGCUAAUGUCCUGGUCUUCCAUAUGGCUGAUGUUGAUAGUAUAGAUGCUUCUGCUGUACAAAUCUUCCGUGAGCUGGUGGAAACGUACAAGGGUCGUGGUGUGGGUUUGUAUAUUACGCAUCUGAAAGGAGGCCCGAGGGAGUCCUUUGAGCUCGCUGGCCUCGCGGAUCUACUUGGCGAACGUGCUUUCUGUAGGGACGUGUCCAGCGCCAUGACCCUCAUUGAGCAGUCGAACGUACGAGAACGGCCUCUAUAGACUAUGGUUGUGCCCUAUAUGCUCACUUUACAUGCCGUUAUAUUACAUGACUUGCAGUCGACUUAACAGCUCUCGGUCACAUUCAGCAUCAGCGAAGGACAUGAAGUAUAUUGAUUACGAAAUUACGGGGGAGAUCGAAACCUCGCAAUUGGUAGAACACAUUGUGGCCGGCGACUGACGGACUGCCGACGUGUUGCGUUGAAGUGUGGCUCAUUUGGGAGGAGGUGCACUUCGAAGACUAAGACUUCUGAGUUGUCCGCUAGAAAUCUGAGGUUUCCCGUGAUCGGACCCAUGAAAAGAUCGUAUCCCCACCCCACACCUCUACAAAUGCGGCAGUCGUAUCAAUGCUAAAUCUUUUCAACAAAGUGACACGAAGGAUGCCUUUUUUAAAAAAAUCAUGAAGCAACACUUUGGGAUGUAGGCAGCUCUUAGAAUCAUUCAUACAAGUUGUUCGGACCUG